AUGGAGGAGAGGGUCAAGGAGGCAGACUCUGCGUCCCUCCAAGGCAGCUGGCCCAAGCGUCCACCGGCCAUCCCCUUCCCCGGCAGUCCCAGCCUGGAAGGGAGGGCGGGGCUCUGGAUCGCUGAGAAGUGCUCGGGCCGGCGACCCCACGGUGGAGCAGUGUGUGCGGGGGCCGGGAGCCAGCCUGCGGGGAAAGAAGGGCCCUCUUCCCCACAGCAGGGGAGCCCACACCCCGCACCGGUAAGCCCACCUCGCCAGACGCUGACUUCCGGUCGUGAGCACCACCCUCCCCGAAGCCCCGCCCCGCACCCACUGCCUGCUGGGAUCUGUAGUUCGUGGGUGAGGGACCAACGCGGCCGGUGCGCGCGUUUGUGUCUGUGUGUUUGUGUGUCUGUGAGUGUGUUUCGAGGUCCGCUGUGGCGUCUCUGUCCUCCUAAUCUCUCCCCCGAGGACCCACUGGUCCCGGGCUUGGCGCAGGGAUCGCAGGCCACCGCUCCCGAGGUCCCGCCCCGCGGCCCACGCUUGCUGGGAUUUGUAGUUCGCGCCUGGGUGGGGCCGCAGGUCGGGAGUCCCACCUGGGCCCGGCGUGGUACCAUCCUUAUUCCUGCUUUUUCCCGCGUGCCCUGGAUCUGGACAGUAGACAUGGCGCGGUGUCGCAACUCCAGCCGAGCUCCCCCUGGCCCUUCUCCCGGUCCGCCGCCCCCGCGAUGUAUAUGCCGGCGCCUGGAGGACAAGACGCUAGAUGCUAAACUGAGGCACGAAGAUGGGCGCGCUCUGGCCGGGUCACCAAGGAAUUCUGGGGUGUCACCAUCCAGGACGCCUCUGAGCACCCAGCAGUGAUUGAAAAGAAACUUUCUAAUCAUGAGCUUUAUUCAGAAAAUAUGGCCAUCCAGACCCCCAGCUCUUCCUCAGAGAAGCUGAAAUGAUUUAGAAAAAUUCACUGCAGAUCAAACUUAAAGCCUAGCAGUGGGCUCUCCUGGUGGAGCAGUGGUUAAGAAUCGGCCUGCUAAUGCAGGGGACAUGGGUUCAAGCCGUGGUCUGGGAAGAUCCCACAUGCCGCAGAGCAACUGAGCCGGUGCGCCACAAUUACUGAGCCUGCGCUCUGGAGCCCGCGAGCCACGACUACUGAAGCCCGCACACCUAGAGCCCGUGCUCCACAACAAGAGAAGCCACCGCAAUGAGAAGCCCUUGCACUGCAACAAAGAGCAGCCCCUGCUCGCCACAACUAGAGAAAGCCUGCGCACAGCUACGAAGACCCAAUGGAGCCAAGAGUAAAUGAAAUAAAAUAAAAUAAAUUCAUUAAAAAAAAAUAAAAGACUCGCAGCAUCCUGAGUUAGUGCCUUCAAAGGAAUAUUCUGGGGGAGCUGUGAUAUUGGAAUUUUCAGGUAUUGCAACAGAUCCCUGCCAUCCCGCCACUGCCCCGCCCCGCCCAGGCUGAGGAAAUGCAACAGGUCAGCCUGAUCUGCCCCUCUGGAUUGGAGUCAGAGGAGCCAGAAGGGACUCCUCGUCUAGUGCUGCAUUUUACAGAUGGGAAGCAGGCUCAGAGAGGGCCAUAUGGCAGGGUAGUUAGAGAAGCCAGGUUGGGAACUCACUUAGGGAGAAUCCUUUGCAAUUUCAGGAAAUUCUUAGCCCCGGAAAUCAGUCCAUAGCCUGGGUCUAUGGGCACAGAACCAGAAAGCUGGCCAUCUUGGGCGGCUGCAGACCUUGGCCAGAGCCCAAGUAGCCAAAGCCUGGAAGUCAGUCUCCGAUGCCUUCCUCUCCUGGUUUAUUUUAGCCAGAUGUUUGUUUUAGAAGUAGGAGUUUAUUAAUCAUAAUGGCAGGCUGCACGUGUCUAGGCCUUUAUUCUUUUCAAAGAGUCUCCCAUAGGUCAUCUCAUUGGAUCCCCACAAGCCCUCAAGGUAGGAGGGCUGGGGUAAUUGUCCUUGCUUCACACGUGAGGAACCUGUGGUUCAGAAGGUUUAAGUGACUUUCCCAAGGUGACAGAGGUUAGGGCACUGCUAGAAUUUGAGGAGUUUGCUCUCUGUUAAUUCAGUAAAAAAAAAAAAAAAAAUUUUUUUUUGGAGUGUCUCUUACCUGCUGAAUGCUCUGCUGGGUGGUGGGGUCACAAGGAUGACCUGAUAUGGUCCCUGGGCUGGAGGAGCUAACAGUGUGAUGGGGAAGGCACACGUGGCAGAUGAGAGAAAGGGGUGGUGAGGGGACUUUCUGGGGUGGUAGAAGUGUUUUAUAUCUCGGUAGGGAUGUGGGUUGCAUGGGUGUUUGCAUAUGUGAAGACGCAUUCAAACGCACACUUACGAUUUGUGAUUUUCACUGUAAAUUUUACCUUAAAAAUGCAGAAAGUGGAAAUGCUCUGCCUAGCAUAGCAUAGCAUAGCAUACACUAUGCCUAGUAGGGUCCUGGUGGGGCUCAGCUGUCCAGAAGCGGGCCAGGGGUUGACUAGGUGGCCCAUGGAUAUAAUUCCAUCUUUGCUCCCAGGGUAUGGCUGAAAAGUUUUCCCACGGAGUCUGAAGACUCAGAUGGCCCAGUGGCCUGAUGCCCAGAGCACCCAGGGAGGACUAAGGAGGAGGUCAGGGAUUACUGCACAUUUCGAGGAGGGAUAUUUAGGCUGAGUCUGUAGGUGACCAGUUGGUCAGAGGAGGGUGGACACGUGGGGCGGUUUCUAAGCAUUACUCAGGAAUGGAGUGUAGUCGCUCAGUGUUGUCCAGGUGGAAAGGAGUAGAACCAGGCUUUAAAUUGCUUCCCUUACCCCAGGCCCCAUCAGUGGGCCUUGGAGAAAGUCAUGCUGGUUGGAAUUUUCCAAGCUGCUUCCCAAGAAAGGAAAAGUCCUCUUACCACUGCAUCAAGGGGCCACGUCCUAAUCCUGAUGCCUCUUGUCAGCUGACAUUUGCCGGGGUUUGCCUCCUGUGCAGGGCUCUCUCCAUUCAGAAGCAAAAAUGGAAGUGUGGACCACUUGCUGUCCUCACUUCCGGAAGGCCUAGCCUCUGGGCGGAGACACUGGCUGGCCUGU